AUGACAUUGCACCAGAGGCGAUCCAAUGUUUGGCAGUAUAUUAUCCCCGAAUUAGCAAGCGAAAAUCGAUAUUUGAUGCAUAUGCUCCUAGCAUUAGGGGGUAUACACAUGGUCAAACAAAAGGCCGAUGCCAAUAGGACUGUGGUUUUUGAAGACUCAGAUACGGUGGACUUGGCGAUCAUCAUGGCACAUCAUCAAAGAGGAUUAGAAGGCUUUAGGGAAGACGUGUCCCGCAUAUCUCCCUCCAAUGCCGAAGCUGUUUUCACAGGGUCAAUGCUUGUGGUUGCAUUUGCAUUUGCAUUCCUUGAGAUUCAGGACCUUAACCCACUCACUGGGCCUAUAAACGGGAGGAGCGGCGCCAUGACUGAUGUUUUCCCCACAAAUACCAUCCCGCGCCUCAAUUGGUUAUACCUCAACCGAGGUGUAACCUCUGUGAUCAGUGACCAAUGGCAGGUUUUGAAAACCGGCCGGCUCCGGCAGAUAUUAUCAUUACAGCACAGCGAGGGGGUUUGGGUGGGUUCAUCAUCUAAUGCACCGUCUCGGCUUUCUCGUUGCUCACCCCGCCUGGUGAAAUUUGCCGACGGAGCUCGUCAAGCAGUCGCUUCUAUCAAGGCUUCUCUGAAUAUGCUUGAACAUCCUUGGGAUGACUUGUCCAGCUGUUCGGGCACGCCAACAUCUCAACCUUCACCGCCCACGACAUUAAACUGGGCUAUGGAUACGCACAACGAGACAAUACGCAUCCUAGAAUCAUUUUAUUCACGCAUUUUAUCCGUAUUGGGGUGUGCAUCAACUGAAAACCCGACAGACAAGGAGAUCCAGUUGGACUUUGAAGAGGCAGCACUUCUGUCCUGGCCGAAUUUGCUCCCUAGUGCUUUCUUAGCGUUGCUUGAGAGAAGCGACCAGAACUACCUUCGUGGACUCUCGCUCGUCAUCCUUGCUCAUUUCUAUCUAAUAAACACUCUGGUAGAUACUUGGUAUAUGAGAGGCUCCUUCGAAAGCGAGAUACCCAGGGUCCACGCGCUUAUUGGUGCUUUGAAUGAGAACGAUCUGUUAACGUUCAUGCUAUGGCCCAACGAGGUCAUGAGCUUACCACUCAACUGUACAUUAUGA